AAUAGUGUACAAUGAUACUCUUGCAUAAAACCGACGAUAACAACUAAUACUGAAGCUACAGUCUUGUGUUUUAUUAAGUGUAAGAGGCUUUGUUUCUAGCGCGUGACGUGCAAUCAUGAAGUUCUCGCUAAUAGUAGGGCUAAGUCUUCUUACCUGUUCAGCGGCAUUGCACAUGGUAGUGCCAAUAUACCUUCGAGAGGCAUGGUACGCGAUGAUCUCUCCGUACAUAAGCGAAUGCGUUUGCGAAACGCGUGUCGAUCCGAGCUUUGUCCGAAGAACUUUUUUGGAAACGGAGUUUCCCGACGAUUCCUGUCUAAAAUGUUUCAUGAAGUGCGUUGGCUUUUUAUUAAACGUAAUGAAUGCAGCUACCGGUGAAUGGAAUGAAAAAGAACUGGUACGACAGGUCGCAGGGGUAACCCCCGAAAUUGCAAGCACUUGCAAUAAUCAAACUGCGGGCCUAGUGGACGUGUGCGAAAAAACGUUCAAUUUCUACCAAUGCUUGGUUUAUAGCGUCAUGGUCGAGGAAUACUACGACCAUAAGAACUAACCUGAUCAUAUUCAAAUAUAUCACAAAUUUGAUGUAGUCAAUAAAGGAUUUAAAUUAA